AUGCCGCCGAAGCCUUACGCCAGUACCGAAACAGGUACCCACCACCCCAUCCAACAGGGCAUAUCCCCACCAAUAGGAACAUCGUACCACGAACAGGGCAGGACGACCAACGCGGUGGACGCGUUGUGCAGCAUGCUGUGCGAUUUGAAGAGAGGGUACUGCGAUACUUCGAUCAAAAUCCAAGAGCAAGUUCGAGACAGUACAACCAGUUCUUCUCAAGAUGACGACGCGGACUGGCCGAGAAGCAGUUUAUUCGAAGAGUACUUCAGUCAAAAUGGCACAAACACUACACUGGAAACGUUGUACGAUGUUCCGACGGGCAUGAUCGUGCUCCUGUCGUUCCUGUACGGCUCGAUAUCGGUGCUCGCCGUCGUAGGAAACUUCCUAGUGAUGUGGGUGGUCGCCACCUCGAGACGGAUGCAGAGUGUCACGAACUGCUACAUAGCGAACUUGGCGCUUGCUGACAUCGUUAUUGGACUCUUUGCUGUACCGUUUCAGUUCCAAGCUGCGCUGUUGCAGCGAUGGCUGCUACCACACUUCAUGUGCCCGUUCUGCCCGUUCGUGCAGGCACUGAACGUCAACGUCAGCGUGUUCACGCUCACAGCGAUUGCCAUUGAUCGGCAUCGCGCCAUCAUCACACCACUGAGUGCUCACACAUCCAAGAGGGUGGCUAAAGUAACAAUAGUUUUGAUAUGGGUGUUGGCAUUCCUGUUAGCGGCUCCCAUGGCCAUGUCGUGGGAGGUGACCAUUGUACCAGAACUGGACCCAGUUACCAAGCUGCUGUACAAGAAACCAUUUUGUGCUCCUAGUGAAUUUGGAUUACAUUCCUUGGCAAUUUAUCGACUAAUAUUAUACAUUUGUCAGUACAUUAUCCCUCUGUGCGUGAUAACGUUCGCAUACGCUCACAUGUCCUUGAAGCUGUGGGGUGCACGAGCGCCAGGGAAUGCACUGGAAAUACGGGACGCGAAUCACAUGAAAAACAAGAAAAAGGUUAUAAAAAUGCUGGUGUUGGUCGUGGCGCUGUUUGCGCUCUGCUGGCUUCCUUUGCAGAGCUAUUUAUUGCUUCAAUCGUUUUUCCCUUCAAUAAACGAAUACAGAUACAUAAACGUAAUAUUCUUCUGCUUUGACUGGCUGGCCAUGAGCAACUCGUGCUACAACCCCUUUAUCUACGCUAUUUACAAUGAAAAGUUCAAAAAGGAGUUUAAGCAGCGAUUCACAUUUGGAAAAAAACCGAUGCGAUUUGACAGUUACGAGGAUGGUCAGUCGUAUCGCACGCGUGUUUUAUCAUUCCGCUCGACGAAUGAACGCAGUGUUUACUCGGCGAGAAAAUCGGUCAACCUAGCGCCCGUUGACGGCACGCGCUCCACCCGUUCCUCCUGCCACUGUAUCCGAAACCAGGACCCACAGAGGGAAAAUGGUUUCCGAUCAAUGAAGGACCUUGACGCUCACAAUUUAAAUCAAACGUUCAAUGGCACUAAAAGGCGGCUCGAAACGAAAAUAUCCAGAAACGACUUACCCGUAGGCGACGAGAGAGUCAGCGAGUUGUACAUCUUCCCUAACAGCAAUAUUGUCGAGUUCACAGACAUAUCCUAUGAUGAUAAAGUGUAAAUGAACUUUCUAUAAAAUAAAUGUGAUUUUUGUCAUAAAAUAAGUAAAGUACCUGGGCAUUUUUAGAAAAAAAUGUACCAUUGACAUUUUCGAAAAAACCAUCAACUUUUGGGUUAUUUCUACUCAGGAUCACGAGAACCAUCGAUUUAAAAAGGAAAAAAGUGUCCGCAAAAAUUUGACAGCUUUAUGACGCAUUUUCAUAUUUUGUAUUGACCGUGACAAAAUUGACACCCAAAAUUUGUAAGAAAAACUGGGGACACUUUUUUAUUUGUUUAAAACUUUAAAUCAAUAGUUUUUGUAAUUCUGAGUGGAAAUAAGUAUAUGGUUUUUCUGAAAACCCCUGUAUAGUUAGUCGGUAAGAAAAUGUGAUUUGUUACACUAAUUGUAAUUGUAACCGACACCAAGUGUCACAACGUAGAAAGUAACGAUAAUCUAAUCAAUAUGUAAAUUGUGUACAGUAAAAAUGUACUUAGACUUUACGUUAUUGUAACUGUUAGUGUUAUUUUUAAAUUAAGCUAAACAUUUAAAAGAUCGUUUGCAAAAGACUGUACAAUUCCAGAUUAUUGUAAACCGUGUAGAAAAUAAGAAUUUAGGUUAAAUCCAUGUUUUCUGAUAAAGUCAAGCUAGGCGUAAAGAACACAAGAAUAGAAUGCUGUGAAUUAUUCCGCCAUAAAUCUAACUUAACGAUGUGGAUAACCAUUAAUUCAUUCGCGCUGCAUUAGGGUAUUUCGUCUGAACUGACGGCACGCUACAAUGUUGUUUGUUUUACAUGACUUGAUAUCGUUUUAUCAUAGAUCAGCUAUGCGCCCCUUAGUCUUAGUCAAGUAAACAUUUUCAAACAUCCAAUGCUUAGAGCACAGAAGGACUACCGCGAAUAAUGAAAAUCGAUUUUUUGUUAUCUGUCUUUCUAUCAUUCUUUCAUAUUCGAGCGGAAGAGGCAGAUAAAGAAAAUUUAGAUUUACGUUUUUCUCGGCAGGGCCCAGAUGUUAAUGUUACCGCACCGAAAAUGUUAAUUAAGAUUUAUCAAGCUAACCUCCUAUUAGAAUUUCCAUAGAUAAGAAAGCUUUGUAUCAAAGGUGACGUUAAAUCUCAGGAACUAAAAUCUGGCAACUUGCCACACCACUUCUAGUAAGUAGCCAGUUAUUCUAUCUUAGAUAUCGCUAUCGAAUUUCGGAACUACGCUAUGGACAAUAUAACUGUUUUCAUAGAUACAGUUUCGACACAAUUGCAAAAGUUUGGUGAAUGGAAAAGUGACUUCGAUAUGUAAAAAUAGCAGUAACAAUAAACACCGCGAUUACUGGGAAUCAUCCAGAGCACAUCGGCUAUUUUUGUGGUAGCUGUAAAUAUUUUGAUGGUUUUAGUUGGAAACGAAUAUUAACCGAGAAAUCAUAGAAAUUGGUAAAAGUUGCAUUGUCUAUAAAUAUAAUACGAGUAUACCUCUGUUACUUAAUAUGUUAUCCGUCUCCAUAGAAGAUAGAAUUUUUAAAUAUGGCGUAUGUCCAAUGCUUAGUUACUCCUGUCAUUCAAAUAUAUUAAAUAUAUGACAAGCACAGAUAUAAACUAGAAAAUACGUAGUAUUUAUGAUUCCCGUCGUAUGAUAAAUGUUUAUUGGUUUAUUUGUCAGAAUUCCUUACAUCAAUAUAUUAUGUCAGUUUAAUUUACCACCACGUCGACGAGCCUGAUUUGACUUACAAAUUGACGUCGAGUUGGUCUCAUUUUGUUAUUGUUCCCUCCUGCAUAUUGCUCGUACUUAUUAUGUGAUAGCGACAUGCCCUAUACACCGUGGGUCAAUUAAACCCGACAGAUUUAACCACGCAUUCUGAGGUCAUAAGGAGCAAACAAUGUUAAUGUGAGUAUUGGCCAAAUUCGCCAAAAAAAAUUUUUAUAUUGCAUUUUCUGCAAAUGAUGAUACUUUAUUUAUUUUGACACCUUAGUGAAAAAAGAAAUAUUAGUCUUGAAAUACAGCGAGGAAAUGCUGCCAGCAUCUACGGCACUAUGCCGCAGGGGGAUAUGUUUUAGUAUUUUAUUUUAAGUUUAGUAUUAUUUAUUUUUAGAUUUAGGUUUUUAAGUUUACAAAAUACAAAAAUACAAGAAACAAGUACAAAAAUACAAAGAUACAAGUUUUAUAGUUUAAUUAUGUUUUAUCUGAUGUAAUCAAUAUUUAUUUUUACUCGCACAAAAAGAAAUAUUACAGGAAACAGGAAUAAGUAAAGUUUUUUAUUUAUUUACAGAAAAAAAUUUUGGAGUUUCACUUUAAAAUUUUACUUAUUUGCCCACGGUGUAUAUUAGUAAUUACAAAUCAAAAAUAGAUUUUUAAAAGUUCGAAUUUCCAUGAAUCACAUCACUGACAUCAAACAUUUCAUAUAUUAUAUUUAAUAUAUGAACGAAGUAUUACAUUGUCCCUUGGUCUUAUGAAAUAUACAUGCAUUGAUCCCAUGAGGGUCUCGGAACUUGUUAAUUGUAUUAUUAUUAUUUGAUUCAUGAACGUAUAUGAACGAACCAGGGAUGAAACUAUGUUGACGAUUUUACGAACACUUAUUACCUACAGACAAGUUUCUUAUUGUACAAAAAAAUGGUUUUAUGACAACUAACAGUAGUUAUUUCGCCAUGUGAAAUUAUGGAACUAACAAGAUUUAGUAGAUAUGUUAUGCUUAGCCAAGAAAAUAUACUUCACGUGAAAAUAAAAGUUCUCAACUCUG